AUGGAGGUUUCGAGCAUUAUCGAAGAGUAUAAUAAUGCCAAGGACAAUGACUUCAGAUAUAUGACAUUGAAGCAACCAGUGCUCAUUCGCAGUAUUCAGAAAGAUUUUGAUAAACUUAUGGCCAAUCUUUAUUUACCAGUUUUGACCCAUAACGUUGAUUCUGAGUUGCAACAAUUGGUGUCCUUUGAAGUGUUACCUCGCGCUGUUUUGAGCCUGUUUGAUUCACAAGUAGAAGAAUACAACAGCAAUGGCCUGAUGUGGGCUUAUAUCGAAAGAUACGUAUUUUAUCCUAUUAUAGAUUCUUUAGAAUCUGGUAAUGAAACCAUAACCAAUCUGCUAGUCCAAUCGUUGAGAAAUAUACUAAAUAUAUUGAUUUCAAAUGAUUUGAAUAUCAAAAGUGUUACACGUAAUGAUCAAAUUCUGAGCGAUAACUAUCAGUCCAAAUAUCAAGAUGAAGAGUUCAUGAAACUAGUGUCUUUUAUGCUAAAGGAAAGCCAAAAAGAAACUACUGUAGCGGGUCUACAGGGAUAUCAAGAAACAAUACAAAAACUUAUAGAGGUUUCCUAUGAUGGUAGACUCAGAUUCCUUAGCCCGAAAGCUCUGAAAAUGUGUAUCGAAAGCCUUCAUGAUUAUGAGGAUUACAAUACGUCAAGUGAGAUGCUGCUCAAUAAAGUAAUAGAAAACACAGAUAUCGCUGCUGUGGCACAAACGCAGCAAUAUUUCAGUCUCUCUAAUCUGAAGUUCAUGUCCAAGAAUUGGUACAAAUUCGCUGAAUGCUGCUCAGGAAUUAUUCCCAAGCUGAUUGAUGAGAUUACCAAAGAGACUGAGAAGUCUGACAUUUCAAAAAUGCUAGAAAUUAUCUCUAACCUGAAAGAUUACUUAUUACAGGGAACAAUUACCAACGAAGGACAUCCGAAAUUACCGUCCGACCUUUCUAUAUUGUUACUCGAUCGAGUUCUCAAUAUUUUAACAAACAUUAUCCCGUCGAUUGAAUCCAGAGAUGUCAUUAAUAAACACCACAAUAAUAACGACCUAGUUACCACUGAAAGUGAUACCGAUAUUGUCGUUGAAGAUAUUGACCAGCAAGCUUAUCUUGACGAGCUUGAUGCAGGUAUGUCUUCAAAUUAUGAUGAAGAUUUAAGUUUUACAGUAGAUUUUGAGGGUGACGACACCUCUAGUAAUCUACUGGAGGUGACGGAGGAAGAGUUGCAGGAUAUUGAUAUCUAUAACCGUGACUACGAUGUAAUUGUAAAGCAUUCCUUGAACAUACUUUACGAUGUAUUUCUUGCUGAACGUACUGGUGUAAUACAGUUUGGACCACACCUCGCUACAGCAAGGGAAAAAUUAAAUUGUAUAAAAUCCAAAGUUUCUGACUCUAAUUUGGAUUCGAAAACGUUCAGUCUUUUUACACACUUUUUUGAGCGUCUAGAAGACUUUGAUAGAAAAGUAUUUGAAACUUAUGAAGUUUUAAGCAUAGAAGAAUUAAAAACUGAAAUUUCAACACCAAUUCCUGAGAGGAAAGGGGCUGUUGUUUUCACUUUAAUUGAAUAUCUCGGCAAAGAUCAGGUGAGUCUUGAGGAGUUACAAUCGAUUAUUGAGCUAAUUGAUCAUUUGAUCGAUGUUAGAGUAACCGAUGGCGAUAACGACAAAUAUCUUAGCGGAAAUGAUGAGAAUUUGAUUGCUGAGGCUUUAUUACCCCAUCUACGAAUGAAUAAGAGCUUCGUCCAUACCUUUAAGGCGGGCAAUAUCUCCAAGAAAGUAGAUAACGGGGCAACAUUGCGAACAAUGAUAUACACUACUCUUUCGCGCCUUGAUAUCACCAAACAUCUACUAGUGUGCAAAGUUAUAGAGUGUUUAUUACAUUAUGGUAUUAAAGAUAAACAGGACUUAAUCAGAGAUAUUGCACAGUCUAUCUUGAAGAAACUACUAGAUGAACACUACGAAGAAAUACUGGCUUUGGAGACCACAUGGUAUAGUAAGUAUUUAGUACCAAUAAUCGCUGAAUCCACUUUACCAACAAACAAUUUCCUAACAGCUUACCCACCAUUUACUUUCCAUACUGUUGAUAGCUAG